UUUUAUUUGCUUAUAUCUCGAAAACGGAAAAUCCGCAAAUGAUAUUUUGAAUGGAGCAAUUAUCCGCAAAUGAGGAGCAAUUAUUUUAGCUAUAGUAGAAAGUAGAAGUAAAAAUAAUGACUUUGAAAAAACCAUUUCGCUAAAUGACGCUGGUAAGUUAAGGGAAAAAGCUGGCUUUAAGGUUGGCAACACUGAAACCACUUCUCCUUCUGUCAGUAUCAUGUCACAUGUCAUACUUCAUUUGUCAUUUGUAGCUUUGCUUUGUUGCAGAUUUUCCAGAUUUUGAUUAUUUCUGGAUUAUUUCACGCUUUGUGUGUAAAAUUUUAUUUCCAUAUUUCCCUAUGGUGUAAAAUUAUUAAUAUUAGAGUACAUAAAAUCAAAUGGAAGUCAAAGAAGAAAUUAGUGAGGAAACGUGUAAAAUAGAAAUAGAGUAUAAUCACUUGGAUGAUGCUGUUUUGGAUGAAUUUAAAUGUGAAAUUCAGGAUGAGUCUAGUAGAGAAAGUACUCUCGACACAUAUGAAUCUUUGGAUUUCAAGAAAUGCCCCAUAAAUACUGAAAUAGAACAACAUGGCAAUCCAUUUGAAGAAAACCAAGAAACUGAAACAGGUUGUCUUCAAGAUGAAACCAAAGUGGAAAUUAUGGAAAAACCCAUUGAAGGUUCAUCUUACAAAGGAAAAGAUGUGAGCCUACACACCGAAGGAACAACAUUAAAUAAAACUAUAAAAGUUGUGACUGGAAAAAGACCUUUUAAAUGUGAAAUUUGUUUAAGACAGUGUAGUUCUGCUAGUAAUUUGACAAGACAUUUGAAAGUGCACACUGGGGAAAAACCUUACAAGUGUGAGAUUUGUUUUAAGCAAUUUGUUCAAGCAAGUCAUUUGAAAGUACAUUUGAGAGUGCACACUGGGGAAAAACGUCACAAGUGUGAGAUUUGUUUUAAGCAAUAUAGUGGAUCAAGUCAUUUAAAAAGACAUUUUAGAGUACACACUGGGGAAAAUCUUUCCAAAUGUGAGAUUUGUUUUAAACAAUUUGUUUCAGCAAGUAAUUUGGAAGUACAUUUGAGAGUGCACACUGGAGAAAAACCUCACAAGUGUGAGAUUUGUUUUAAGCAAUUUAGUAACUCAAGUACUUUGAAAAAACAUUUGAGAGUGCACACUGGGGAAAAACCUUACAAGUGUGAAAUUUGUUUAAAACCGUUAGGUUCUGCUAAUGAUUUGAAAAGACAUUUGAGAACACAUACAGGAGAAAAACUUAACAAGUGUGAGAUUUGUUUUAAGCAAUUUAGUGAAGCCGCCAAUUUGAAAAGACAUUUGAGAGUGCACACCGGGGAAAAACCUCACAAGUGUGAGUUUUGUUUUAAGCAAUUUAGUGAAGCAAAUAGUUUGAAAAUACAUUUGAGAGUGCACACUGGGGAAAAACCUCACAAGUGUGAGAUUUGUUUAAAACAAUUUAGUAUUACAAGUGAUUUGAAAGUACAUUUGAGAGUGCACACUGGGGGAAAACCUUAUAAGUGUGAGAUUUGUUUUAAGCAGUUUUAUCACAAAGGUUCUUUUGAACAACAUUUAAGAGUCCACACGGGAGAAAUACCUUAUAAGUGUAAUAUUUGUUUUAAACAAUUUAUUACAGCAGGUAAUUUCAAACAUCAUUUGAGAGUGCACACUGGGGAAAACCCUUCCAAGUGUGAGAUUUGUUUUAAGCAAUUUAGUACUCCAGGUGCUUUGAAAAGACAUUCUACAGUGCACACUGGAGAAAAACCUUAUCAGUGUGAGAUUUGCUGUAAUCGGUUUGCUCAAAAAUCUCAAUUAACUACUCACAUGACAGUUCACAACGGAGAAAGACCACACAAGUGUGAAAUUUGUUUAAAACAGUUUAGUACUGCAAGUGCUUUGACAAAACAUUUGAGAGUGCACACUGGGGAAAAACCUUACAAGUGUGAUAUUUGUUUUAAGGAAUUUACUGAAUUAGGUAGUUUGAAAAAACAUUUGAGAGUGCACACGGGGGAAAAACCUUAUCAGUGUGAGAUUUGCUGUAAUCGGUUUGCUCAAAAAUCUCAAUUAACCUCUCACAUGACAGUUCACAACGGAGAAAAACCACACAAGUGUGAAAUUUGUGUAAAACAGUUUAGUACUGCAAGUGCUUUGACAAAACAUUUGAGAGUGCACGCUGGGGAAAAACCUUACAAGUGUGAGAUUUGUUUUAAGGAAUUUACUGAAUUAGGUAGUUUGAAAAAACAUUUGAGAGUGCACACGGGGGAAAAACCUUACAAGUGUGAUAUUUGUUUUAAGCAAUUUACUACUGCAGGUAGUUUGAAAACACAUUUGAGAGUGCACACUGGAGAAAAACCUUAACAAGUGUGAGAUUUGUUUUAAGCAAUUUAGUGAAGCAAGUAAGCUGAAAAUACAUUUGAGAGUAGAUACUUAACCUGGCAUUAGUCGCUAGGUGCAGUUACGAUGAUUGAAUAGCAGUGGCGGCUGGUGAGAGGAGGCAAGGGAGGCUUAGCCUCCCCAUACAUUUUUUGCACACGCUACGCUGUUUUGUUUACUUUGCUAUUUUGCUUCGCGUUAGAGAUAUCGCAAAAAGUUAUUUGAACAAGUUGUUCCAAAUAAUAUUCUAACCACACAUACCAAAUUUCAGCACAAAAUUCGCGUUUUUAGUUUUUUCAUUAUUUGUAGUCGGGAUCCUAAAAUCACAGAGGAGGCUGCUGGCCGGAAAAUCUCACUUGCUAAUGCUCCGCGUAGCCCAGCAGCGUUUAAGGAUGGUUUAAGGAGACCCGGUCUCCUUAGAGCUGCACAACGCUUAACGCACACGCUGCCCGCAGAUCGGGCAAGUGAGAUUUUUCGGCCAGCAGCCUCUGCGGAUUUUAGGAUCCUGACUACAAAUAAUGAAAAAACUAAAAGUGCGAAUUUUGUGAUGAAGUUUGGUAUGUGGGAUUAGAAUAAUAUUAGGAACAACUUGUUUAAAUAACUUUUUCCGAUAUCUGUAAUGCAAAGCAAAAUAUCGGUAAUUUACCGUGUUUUUGCAUUCGCAGAGUAAGCCGCUUUGAGAAUUAAAAAAAUUCAGUUGAGUAUCUUAAACAAUGGAAGCCUUCAAUCUGUAUGGACUGCAAAACUUCAAAUCUGUAUUUAUUUUGAUAUGCAUAUCUACUUACAGAGAUAGAAUUGUUAACAAAUAAACGACACAAACUUUGGUAAUACACUUUUACAAUUAUACUAUUUUUAAAAUGAUAUGAUAUUAUGAAAUAAUUAUGAAUUAUGAUGAUAUUAUAAAAUGUAAUUAAAAAAUGGUCAAAAAAAUGGGGCCUUAAAUUAGAUUUUUUUGGAUUUUUUUGGCGGAUUUUUUUUGCUAGUGCAAAUUUAUCUAGAUAAUUUACAGUUAGGUAUAGCCUCCCCUAUUGAAAAAAUCACGAGCCGCCACUGUUGAAUAGUUUACAGGCUUACGUAUCUAGGAGCCAACUUUUUAAUUUUUACCUCGUUUAAACCCACCUUUACGUCACAGUGACGUUAACAGUGGUGUAUCUACAAUAGGUUCAUUAAAAUUAAAAAAAGAAUGUGUGUGUACUUUGUACGCACGUAAUAAGAUAUUCUUCUAUUAUAUAAUAGGUAAUUUAAACGAAGUAAAUAUACUUAAAAGGUUAUUUGUACUUAUUUUAUUUAAAAAUCAAACUAACUUUCUUAUCUACCACUUUCAAAAAAGAAGAAUAUCUUCAAAAAUUAUAUAAUAAUAUACUUACAAUCAUAAAAUCUAUAAAAAAAAAUAAAAAAAUAAUAACUUGCUUGGGGCUUGAACCCACUUCACGUCUACCGCGCCGUACGAAAGUUGACGGCAUUUCAAACUGCACCACAUUCGCUUAUACGUCAUGUGGGAAUAUACACAAACUAAACGUUUACACCAUAAAGGGCCUAGCCGGGUAAGAUGGUGAAAAGUGCCCCCAGCUCGAUUUAAAUUCCAUAUAGGCCAAUUUUUAGCACAUA